AUGCAAAGCACAACCUCUCCUACAACCUGCACAACCGCUCCCACAACCUGCACAACCGCUCCUACAACCUGCACAGCCUCUCCUACAACCUGCACAACCUCUCCUACAACCUGCACAACCUCUCCUACAACCUGCACAACCUCUCCUACAACCUGCACAACCUCUCCUACAACCUGCACAACCUGCACAACCUCUCCUACAACCUGCACAACCUCUCCUACAACCUGCACAACCUCUCCUACAACCUGCACAACCUCUCCUACAACCUGCACAACCUGCACAACCUCUCCUACAACCUGCACAACCUCUCCUACAACCUGCACAACCUCUCCUACAACCUGCACAGCCUCUCCUACAACCUGCACAACCUCUCCUACAACCUGCACAACCUCUCCUACAACCUGCACAACCUCUCCUACAACCUGCACAACCUCUCCUACAACCUGCACAACUGCUUCUACAACCUGCACAACCUCUCCUACAACCUGCACAACCUCUCCUACAACCUGCACAACCGCUUCUACAACCUGCACAACCUCUCCUACAACCUGCACAACCUCUCCUACAACCUGCACAACCUCUCCUACAACCUGCACAACCUCUCCUACAACCUGCACAACCUCUCCUACAACCUGCACAACCUCUCCUACAACCUGCACAACCUCUCCUACAACCUGCACAACCGCUUCUACAACCUGCACAACCUCUCCUACAACCUGCACAACCUCUCCUACAACCUGCACAACCGCUUCUACAACCUGCACAACCUCUCCUACAACCUGCACAACCUCUCCUACAACCUGCACAACCUCUCCUACAACCUGCACAACCUCUCCUACAACCUGCACAACCGCUCCUACAACCUGCACAGCCUCUCCUACAACCUGCACAGCCUCUCCUACAACCUGCACAACCUCUCCUACAACCUGCACAGCCUCUCCUACAACCUGCACAACCUCUCCUACAACCUGCACAACCUCUCCUACAACCUGCACAACCUCUCCUACAACCUGCACAACCGCUCCUACAACCUGCACAACCACUCCUACAACCUGCACAACCACUCCUACAACCUGCACACCAGCAUAUUAUCUGAACAAUAUACGAGCCCUGCAAGGAUACCAAACCUACCGCUGA